UCUUCUCAUCGAGCUCCCUCCUAGGUCUUUAAACUGGAAAGUUGCUUUACCCACGAGUCGAUUCCUAGGACCUGUGACAUAUCUGAUACCUCCUCACCCACUCGAGCGGCAUCUAGAUAAUAUAACAUAUUACUUUACUCGUCUGAUUUAACGCCUCCUAAACCCAACGGCAACAUCUACAUACACCAAGAACAACACCCACCACACUCUCAACGACCGUAUCAACUCCCCAAACGGCAGCAUGGCCCCCGAUCCGCCAGGUUUCUUCCCGCCCGUCCGCUCCAUACCGCCCCUCUCACCUCCCCACCGACAAACCUUCAUCCUCCUCCACGGCCGUGGCCUCAGCUGGGAGACCUUCGGCCCGGAUUUCAUCUCCACCCGCUUCCCAUUCCCACCAGCUUCACCAUCCGCCACCCCAUCCCCAUCAUCAUCCCCAUCAUCGUCUCCAUCACCAUCCCCAGACACACCAACCCCCCAACCCCCUCAACCCCCUCAACCCCCUCAACCCCAAACCCAACCACCACUAACAACCCUCCGCGCCCUCCACCCCCACGCCAAAUUCCUCCUCCCCCUCGCCCCGCGCCACCGCGCCACCAUCUACGCCCGCAGCAUAAUCCGCCAAUGGUUCGACAGCUGGCACCUCAACCCCACCACCUCCUCCAUCCCCACCACAACCGAAGAAUGGCGCUGCAUCCCCGGACUUCACGACACAGUCCGCCACCUGCACGACCUCAUCCGCGCCGAGGCGGCGCUGGUGGGUGGGGCGCACAACGUGGUGCUGGGGGGGAUCAGCCAGGGGUGUGCGGCGGGGUUGGUGGCGCUGUUGUUGUGGGAGGGGGGGGCGUUGGGGGGGUAUCUGGGGAUGUGUGGGUGGUUGGUUUUUGAGGCGGGGGUGAGGGGGGUUUUGGCGGAGGGGGAGGGAGAGGGUGGAGAUGGGGAUGGGGGGUUUGAUCCGUUCGAGAGGGAGGAUGGGGAUGAGGAUAGGGAGGGGGAAGAGGAGGUGGUGAGUGUGGAGGGUAAGGUGGUGAGGGUGUUGAGGGAGAUGCUGGAGUUGGAGGGGAAGCCGCCGGGUGGUCGUCCACUGUCGUUUGACACGCCGGUGUUUCUGGGGCACGGGACUCAGGAUGACAAGGUCCCGGUUGCUCGUGGGAGGGCGGCGGCCGAGUGCUUAAUGGCUGUUGAGAUGGAUACUGAAUGGAGGGUGUAUGAAGGCCUCGGGCACUGGUACUCUGGGGCGAUGCUUACCGACAUGGCCUCAUUCCUAGCACUUCGAAUACGUUGAAAACAAGAC